GAAGUUCCACACCGGUUCCCCAUUCCUCAUUUGAAAACCUCUUUUCUGUACCCCUCUCGUUCUCUUAUUCUCUCCCCCGUCUCUCUCAUCCCCUAACUCUUUCACAGACAGUCUCACAGGGGCAGGGUUGUAACAGAACACUUCUCUCUUUUGUCUCCUUUCUUUCCCUUAUCCUUUCAUCUUUUUAAACUUUCUGGGGAAAUGGGUUUUGGUGGGAUGCAAAUUUCUGCUAGGUGAAAGGAGGGGAGAACGAGAGAUGGAGAACGAGAACGAGAGAAGGCAAUAUACAUCUCCUGCUUUAAAAAAAAGGGUUAGAUGAUGUAAAAAAUUAAAUAAAGAUAUCGAAUUGCCCCCUUAUUCAAAAUCCAAAAUCCAAUCUGUGCAGAUCACCAUAAACUGACAUGAAUUGAAUUAAAUUCCACUUUCCCCUACUUUUAGUUACAGUUAUUAAAAACUAAAAGGUCAUAAGGUGUAGACGAACUUGCUUGGGGUGAUUAGUUUUGACUUAAACUCAAUUUAAUGACAAUAAAUCAGUUCCUACCACAGUCCAUCCACUAGAUUUAAGCCAUUUUCCACUCUCUUAUGGUUUCCAUUAUGAGAACUCUCAACACCCACUGUCAGCAGAUGGUCCUCGUCCUUUUUUCCCUCCACCAUAAUGUAUUCUUUCACUCUGUCCAUUCCUCUUCUUCUAAACCAGCCCUCUUUCACUCCCACUGGCUGUUGUCCCCUCAACGCCUUUCAUGAAGAUUCCUUACCUUACUUCAGCACUCAAACCUUCUCUGCGCGGGAACUUAUGCGUUCACUUUACGAACUUUUUUAAACGAGUAUUUCAGAUUAAACGUUGCACAUUUAUAGCUCAGAGCUUGCGAUUUGUGUUCUGACUGCUGGAAAAGUAGAGCUGACGCUCACGCACGUAGUGUCAGAGGUGUAUCAUUGCUUUGGUUGUUCACCGUUUGCAUGCCAAUCCUUUAGAAAGUCGCGCGUAAAGAAAGACCUGAGAUUAAAAGGCGCGUUUUAAACAGAUAACCGUGGAAGUACAACUCGACGUGGACCUUUCUGACUGGACUCCGAAGAUGAUAAGGAAGACUUCUGCAGUUUGAACGAUGUGAAUCGAGAGUUCUUCUGGAGAUUUCAUUACGUUUUUGCGUGACACUGACGGACUGAAUCAAUGUGGUUUUCUCCGAAGAUACGCGUGGCCCGAGACUCACCUAAACAGUAGUUGACACGUCUUGGGAGUGAUGCACUGGCUUCCCCUGGUUGCCAUGGUGAUCGCCUCGGCCCUGCCUUUCUCUCAAAGUCCUGUGCCCAGGCUUGUUGCCGCAAUGAUAAAGCCUGGCAGAAACCACAGUGACAGCAGCAGCAGUGUCCCGACAGCUAACAUCAGCAUGCUGACCAACUCAUCAGUGGACCAUGACUCUUCUCACAACAACCACAGCACACAUCACAUAGCUCCUCACAGAACAGACGAUGAGCAGAGCACGUUUGAGGAGGACCAUAUAUCCAAAGGUAGAGCAGACCAAGAGAUUCUUCAAACAGAAGACAUUUUUGUCAAUAACCCAGAGCAGGACCACACAGGUGGAGGAAGGACUACGGGAGCAGAUGCCUCCAGGCCGCAUAAUCCUAGGAAAUACAAAUCACCAAAAAUAGACAGCUCCAAAAGCAAUGAUAUUCUCAAAGACUAUCAGCUUGAACGUAGCCAGUUUCAUGAAGAAAGCAGUAUUGAGGCAGAGACUUUACUUAAAGAUGACGGGAAGGCAAGAAGUGAACUGAAAGACGGGCCUCUUGAAGGUCCCAAGGUCUCUCUGCAGAGCUCUCCAGUGCAGGAACAUCUGGACGAAGCUCAGACAAAUGCGAAAGAGUUGCUGCAGCAGUAUGGAGGGUUUGAUGACAUAGGCCUACGAGAAGAAGAUCAGCUGCUUUUGCUGGACGCCCAUCCGCGAGUACUCUUCUCCCCGGCCCUUUCUCCACCCAAACACCCGCCUCUGCUCUUAAUGCUGGAGUUGGGCUUAUUGGCCGAUGACGUUGAGGAUGAGGAAAGUCACAUGAUGGAUCCUGCCACGUCUGGCCACGGAGCCGACAAAGAAACAUACAGAAACUUACUCUUGGGCCUCUCGGAUUCUGACGGCCCCGUUCCAGGUGUCCGCCGCAAGCGUCAAGUCGGCCACAGCGUACAAGAACGCUCCGUAUGCGAGGCCGAAACCGGGUGGGUAACCAACAAGAAGACGGCGGUGGACUAUUGGAGCAACACCGUCACUAUUCUGCAAGAGAUCCCAACCAAGACUGGGCCGCUCAAACAGUAUUUCUACGAAACAAAGUGCCGUAAGCCAGAUCCAAACAGGAGAGGUGAAGUGCAGGCGGUGGAGGGGACCAGCUGCUUGGGGGUGGAUAAGAAACACUGGAUGAGCAAGUGCGAAACCAAGCAGUCGUACGUACGUGCGCUCACCUCGGAUCAGAACAAGAGGAUAGGAUGGAGGUGGAUCCGUAUUGACUCCUCCUGCGUUUGCGUACUGCUCACUAGAGGAACGUACUACACUGAGAAGAAGUUGGAGAGGGAAAGAGGGCGAGAGGGAAGAAGGUACAGAUAGCUCUGACUGUCUGAACAAAGGAUUGACGCAGAGUUCAUGUGAAUAAAAGAGCGUUUAAAGGACUGUAUCUGUUCUGGUCAACUGUGUGGGGGAUAUUUCUUUUCCAGAUGUUCCUGCAUCUCACUUGACAAAAUCUUAACGCUGUACCACUGUGAGGGAUGGUCAUGAAAAUCACCCUCAUGUUGCUCAAAACCGGUAUGAUUUAUUUUCUCCUGUGGGACACAAAUGGAUACAGCAGUGGAGUUUUUGGACAAUAAGGCUGAUGAUACACGGGCAACUUUUUGCCGGGCAACUUUGGGCAAGGUUGCCAUCUUCUCAUUGGGAAAAUGCUGAAGCGACAUUCAUCAAAAAAAGUUGCCCAAAAAGUUGCCCCAUGUAUCAUCAACCUAAGUCACUUUUAAACAUGUUUGCAUUUAAAUGCAUUAAAAACUAAUUAAAUCAAACCUAAUGGCAUCUGCUAACAAAUAAUGCCCAAGCUUUUCACUUUUCUGAGCCACUUUUUUAAAAGUUGUUUUUACCAAGGUGUAUGAAGUCAAGUUUAUGCAGGUUUUUGUAGCAGAAUAGUAAUCAGUUUGACCCCCAAAAAGGACUUUUUUUUGUCUUCAUUUUGAACAAGAUUUUAAGACCAGUUAACCAUAAAUUUGUACUUGUGCAACAUUUCUUUUAAAAAUAAAUGCCUCGUUUUGAUAUUUUCACAUAUAAUGCUAAAAACAUGAUGGAUUUUUAAAUGUGGCUUAAGUGUCCAAAUAUUGUAUAUUUAGUGAAUUUCAUACAACAAAAUCCAGUGACUUUCAAGUUGUUACGCUCCAGAAAAGUACUUUGAAACGAAUCCAUGGUUGUAUGGACUAAAUCAAAGUACCUUUUGAGAAAAUUCAGUUCACUCUGCAGCCAUAUUUGCAAUGCCUCCAGGUAGGUAUUUAAAAGGGAUAGUUCACCCAAAAAUAAAAAUUUUGUCAUUUAUUACUCAGCCUCGUGUUGUUCCAAACCCGUAAGACCUUCGUCCAUCUUCAGAACGCCAAGAUAUGUUUGAUGAAAUCCGGGAGCUUUCUGACCCUACAUAGA